AUGGUUGCCAGGGCUGAGAUUGAAGCAGAGCAGUCACCUAGUGAUGAUUCAAGAAGGGCGUUGAUGGAUGCCAGAAAGAAACUCCAUGAUGUCCUGUUACAAGAGGAGAUAUUUUGGAGACAAAAAUCUAGGGUUCGAUGGCUCAAGGAAGGUGAGAGGAAUACCAGGUUCUUCCAUACUAUAGUCAAUGUUCGUAGACGUAUUAGAAGGGUGGAAAAAGUCAGAGAUGCGAAUGGGGAGUGGGUACACGGCAUAGAGGGAGUUGCUAUGGAGGCAGCCAGGUUCUUUGCUGAGUUGUUUUCGACUCAGGGAGUUAGAAAUGAUGAGGAUCUCUUGGAUUUUAUUCCUAGAGUGGUAACAGAUGAUGACAAUGUGGCCUUGUUGCACAUCCCAUCUAAGGAGGAAGUUAAAAAGGCUGUUUUUGCUCUCUCGAAGGAUAGUGCACCAGGCCUGGAUGGCUUUUUUGGCUAUUUUUUCAUCUCCUGUUGGGAGAUUAUAGGAGAGGAUGUCUGGAGAGCAGUAGAGGACUUCUUCUCUGGGGGUUGGCUGCCAAGGGGUUACACAUCGGCGAACCUGGUGCUCAUUCCAAAAAAGGAGAACCCAGAGAGCGCUUUUGUCCAAGGUAGAUUUACUCAUGAUAAUAUUGCCCUAGUGCAAGAGGUGGUUUAUGACAUCAACAGAAACACCCGGGGAGGUAAUGUGGUUUUAAAGCUGGACAUGGCUAAGGCGUACGAUAGACUGGAGUGGGGUUUUCUCUUUGCAGUCUUGGAAAGGUUUGGCUUUGCAGCGGAGUGGAUUGAGCUUAUUAAGAGGACUGUUGAGAACUGCUGGUUCUCGGUGGUGCUUAAUGGAGGACCUGCAGGUUUCUUCAAGUCGUCAAGGGGGGUGGAUGGAGCUCACAACCUCAACAUUGACCUGCGAGUAAGGGAUGUUUGGAACGAGGAUGGCACUUGGGACCAAGGGGAGCUGCAAAAAAUUGAUGAUCAGCAGAUACAGGAUUGCUUGCAGUCCAAGAAGAUUUUUCUAUCAGAAAUAGAUGACAGGCUUGUGUGGAUGCAGGAAAGGACUGGGGUUUUCUCAUCAAAAUCAGCAUGGAGAGCAAUCAGGCAGGCUAAUGUGGAGAGGGCUUUUGCAAAAUGGAUAUGGCACUAG